AUCAAAGUCACUAUUAUAGCCACAUAGAAUUACAUUUUUUUUAAACAUUGACUAUUUGAAUCUAAAUAUUCCUGAAGAAUAUUGAAUUCUGAAAAGAAAUUCUUAAGAUGUAUAAUCUCCUAAAUUAAAUAAGAGUCAACAUGUUCAUCAAACACAAUAUAUGGGUAUAUGAGAUACUACCUAAGCCGGGUGUUGCUAUAAUUGAUUAAUCAAUCAACCGGUCCCGCCACUCCGGCCAGGCCAAAUACCCGACCGUAUUUUAUCCCGCAAAAAUAGAUUAGUGUCGCUGUUUCAGCCGGUCGUCUUUCUAGAGAUGGGAUCGGAGUCCAAUUCCGGCGAUGUGAUAUUGGGUGUCGACGGCGGCGCCACCUCCACAGUCUGCGUUUGCUUACCACUCCUCCCCCUCCCUGACAUUCCCGAUCCUCUUCCCGUCCUCGGCCGUGCCAUCGCCGGUUGCUCCAACCAGAACAGCGUCGGAGAACAAGCGUCAAAGGAAACACUUUUAAAGGUCAUGGAAGAAGCACUUUCAAAUGCUGGCAUAAAGCAAUCACAUGUGCGGGCAGUGUGUUUAGGACUAUCUGGCAUUAACCACCCAAUUGAUCAAGAGAAAAUGUUGAACUGGUUGAGGAACAUUUUCCCAAGUGAUGUAAAGUUAUAUGUUCGCAAUGAUGCUGUAGCUGCUCUUGCAAGCGGGACCAUGGGGAAACUUUCUGGAUGUGUUCUGAUUGCUGGUACGGGAAGCAUUUGUUAUGGUUUCACUGAGGAUGGCCAAGAAGCCCGUGCUGCUGGGGCAGGACCUGUAUUAGGUGAUUGGGGGAGUGGCUAUGGCAUUGCUGCUAAAGGUUUAAGUGCAGUGAUGAGGGCUCAUGAUGGUCGAGGUCCAGAGACAAUGCUUACUAGCCGUAUUUUACGGUGGCUUAGUCUUUCUUCGCCCGAAGAGCUCAUAAGGUGGACCUAUGCAGAUUUAUCUUGGGCCCGAAUUGCUGCAAUUGUUCCAGUAGUAGUAUCAUGUGCUGAGGAUGGUGAUGUCAUUGCAAAUGAAAUAUUAAAUACUGCAGUGAAUGAGUUGGCUGUUAGUGUGAGAGCUGUUGUUCAAAGACUAUGCUUAGCUGGGAAAGAUGACAAUGAUUCUUUCCCGCUUGUCAUGGUUGGUGGUGUUCUUGAAGCCAACCAGAAAUGGAACAUAGGGAACGAAGUUAUCAAUUCCAUUUUAAAGACCUACCCAAGGGCUUCUAUUAUUCGACCGAAGGUUGAGCCUGCAGUAGGUGCAGCUUUGUUGGCCAUGAAUCUCUUACUCAAAGAAGCUAAAUGCAAUGGUCACAGAUGACUCCAAAGCACUUUGUACAGAUAACUGUAUAGCAACUGAACUCUCUUGGGGUGGACUAAGAAUGUUUGGGCAGUUCUAUCCUAAACCUGAACUUUCUUGU